AUUUGUUCGUAUGAGAGAUGAUAUUAUCAAAUUUCUGUUUCAAUUCUUCUUUUUGUUUCUCCAAGCUGUUAGGAAUUCGUUGAUUUCUGGGAACGAGACUAUUAAGAUGGCGCUGACCAUAGCAGUUGGUGGGCGGGUCUGGAGAAAGUUUUUCAAAACUUUCCCUUUCCGAUCAAACUCAGCCCUGAAAAGAUUCCCUACUUGUAGAGCGAACGGAAGGCUAUACAGUACAAGCAGCGACGUCGUGCUAGUCCGCAAGGAUGAGGAAAGUGGCAUCGCGACGGUUCGAAUGAACAACCCUCCCGUCAACAGUUUGAACCCGACUCUGAUGGUGGCCCUCAGAAGUUGUUUUGAAGAGCUGGAGAAAGACAAGACAUGCAGAGCGCUCAUCCUUACGUCACAGAAGCCUAAAGUCUUCAGUGCUGGGCUGGACAUCUUGCAGCUCUAUCAGAAAUCUCCAGACCAUGUUGCUCAGUUCUGGGAGAAGGUCCAGGACAUGUGGCUUGCCUUGUAUGGAUCCCGUCUGAUUACCAUGGCAGCCAUCAAUGGCCACUGCCCUGCUGCAGGAUGUCUUCUUGGUCUGGCCUGUGAUUAUCGCAUCAUGGCAGAGGGAAACUUCAGGAUAGGGCUGAAUGAGACUCAGCUGGAUCUGGUUGCACCCUUCUGGCUGAGGCAGACAAUGAUCGACGUCAUUGGUUACAGACAGGCUGAGAUGGCUCUGAUGAUCGGGGCUCUGUACCCGUCUGACAAGGCCUUACAACUGGGACUGGUGGACAAGCUGGCUCCAAUAGAAGAUGUACAGACUGUAGCUGAAGAGGAGGUGAAGAACUGGCUGAAGAUUCCCGACCAGGCCAGAGCCAUCACCAAGAUGGCAUCCCGUAAGCCGCUCCUGGACGAGCUACGCAGACGAAAGCAGGAGGACAUCCAGACAUUUAGGGAUGAGACCACCAGGGAAUCAGUCCAAAAGUCAAUCCAACAGUACUUGGAAAAGCUGAAGGCUAAAAAAUGACUGUGGCUGCCUUCCAACUGAUUAUUGAGAGGGAUAGUUGGAGAUGGAAGAUGGUAUAAACUUCCUAGCACUUUUGAUCAAAUACUGAUCGAUGUCGUGUAUCUCAAAUGUGGGGUACUGUGGCGUAAAAAGAGUGGCUGGCUUAGAACCAAGCGGUCCCUGGGUUCGAAUCCUACCAUAUCACCAAUCUUCAGGGAAAGGCACUUUUUACAUUCAACUUGCCUCACUUAACUCAGGUGAAGGAUGUAACAGUAUUAAGUUGAUUUUGCUUUUGAAAAUUUUACAAUGUACAAGUCUGUAAAAUUGAUGUGCUUGUAUGCAGAAUUUGACUACAUACAUAUUGUAUGUCUUAGAGUGGGGCCAAUGUUGUUAAGUAUGUCACCAAGUUGUCAUCAAUAAGAGCUUUGUAAUAACUGUCAUGAAUUCCAACUUGAAAUGCUUUGAUAAACACUAAUAACCAUAAUCUCAUGUAUUUAUUACAGAAUGCACAUGCAUACAGUUGGUCAUGUCAUUAUAUGAUAAUAU